AUGGGAUGUCGGUUUUCGAGAACGAAUGAUAAAAGGACGGAAAUUACUUUCGACUCAACCGAUUUAGCAUCUAGAGCUAUAACUCGACCAUUAUUGGGCACUACCGAAAAUCUCGUUCGCUCUCAAUCGAUAGUAACAUCGAAUACAAAAGGAGUACUGAAUCCGACCACAGCAUCCGACAAAAGUGUUAACAGUAGUGAUCGUGAAAUGAUAACCACUCCUAUUGACUGUAUUAAAAGUGCUUAUUCAUUAGCACAUUGGGAUACGUCGAUUCGAUCAACUUUCUGUAAUCGAACUGCACCUAAACCAAAAAUAUCAUCAAUUAAAGAGGUUCAGGAAUCCAAUACUGUUUAUGUCAAUAAACCAAUAAGUCAAAUUGAAAGCACAAGCCAGAUUGAUUUCUUUCGAAUGCUCGAUGAAAAAAUCGCUCAAGGACCUGGUGAUUUAAUCGAUUCUGAUACUGAGAAAUGA